AUUUCUUAUCUGUUUUUUAUCCGACUUCGAAAAGGAAUAUUCAAUUCGAUCAGUAUAUGUAUAUAUUUUUUUUCUAACAAACCUCUGCGUAUUUAUCCAAUAAAUAAUGUGGAAUCUGACGGUACCAAUUGUCGAUCGUAGGUGGCGAUACUGUACCGUAUUUUCACGUGUAUCGCAUAUUGCAUCAAAGAGGUUAGGUUCGUUGCGAUUUGCACGGUGUGUGUGUUGUGUACCUUAAGAAAUUAUUUGGAAGAAUGGCUAAUGAACACGGAAACGAUGAAAAGAAUAAGAAAAGAAAAAAGAAACGAUCCCACGCGCAGAUGGCAAAAAAGUUUGCCCGGCAAAGAAAUCAUGGAUCGGAUGUCGAUGCUGACACUUAUCAAUACAUGGUGCGUAUUUUCGAGCUGAUGAAGGGCGACUUUUCCACUGCCGAAGAGAAACUGAUUUUUGCAAAUAACGUGUACGAACAAACGAUAGGCCACGAAGUCGAAUAUGCUCGAAAUCAGCUCGGAUCAAGAAUACUGGAUUCGCUAUUGAAAUACGCGAACCUGGAAACGAUUCAGAGGUUAGUCGACGCUUUAUCCGGAUCGAAUUUAAGGCCGCUCAGCAGCGAUAGAUUCGCUAGUCACGUUUUGCAAAAAAUCGUAGUGAUUUGUGCCGAUAGAGGAAACGAAAGGGUGUCCGUGGAAUCGAACAAGGAAGAAAGCAAGGAUGCGAGCGUUAAAGUUGAGGAAUCCGAGAUCGCUUCUUACAACAAUAUCGUAUUGAAAUUAUGCAGGUAUUUCAUAAACAACAUGGAGGAAUUUGUGUUCGAUACGUACGCGAAUCAUCUUCUGAGGACCGUGAUCGAGUGUCUUAGCGGACUAAUCGACAAGCCCGACGAUAGUAACAAAAAGAAAUUAACGUUUGGGAAAAGGCGACCAGUUGUGCAAGAGUACAAAGAUCUGUUGUCGCAGACUUGCAAUAGAUUACUUGGAUGGCCACGGUUACUCGAGUUUGGCCAAGACGAACUUACGUCCGGAUUAUUGCAAAGCGUUUUGUACUCCUUAAAGGAUGUUUAUCCCGAGAUGCUAGAACUGUACGUUCAAAAAAUUACAAAGGAAUGCUUUAAACCUGGUAAGGAGCAGCAGUUGUCGAAUAUUUUCGACGCGGAAUGUUCUGUAAGGUUACUAGAGGCUUGUUUAGCCACAGCGGAACCAAAGUCUUUGUAUAAAAUUUACCAAGACUACUUUCAAGGCAACUUGAAAUCGUUAUCUCUCGAGCAGAACACAAAUUUUAGCGUGCAAAGGCUGCUGGAUCAUUGCGCUGUGAAGGAAGAUUUCGAAAAAAUCUUCGAGGAGAUCUCUGCCUGUUUCCCGGAAAUUCUCGAAAAGGGAUUUACCGGAGUGUUGGUAAGCGCGGGAAACGCGUGUUUGAAGUUGCAAGUGAAGCAAGGUGCGUUUGUGACGGAACUUUUAAGGACGCUUGGUUGCGAGACGAACGAAAAGCAGCGUGAAAUCGUAGCGUGUUUAGCUAGUCUAAAAACGUUGGAACAGCUGGAAAGUUUACGAAAAAAAGAUGAUUCCUAUCCGGUUAUCUGUUUACACGGGAGCUUGAUCAUUCAGACUAUUUUGAAUUUCAAUAAACCCAUCAAAAUUGUAAACUCGUUGCUGGAGAUGAACGAGGAGGAACUAACACGAAUACUGGAAGAUCCUAAAGGGAGUCGUAUCGUGGAUGCAUUUAUGGAGAGCAAGUUCAUAGGUGAGAAGAGCAGAGAAAAAUUGGCGAAGAAAUUCAAAGGAUACUGGGCACAAAUGGCAUCCACCACCCACGGUUCCAGAUGUUUGGAUAAGAUGUGGCAGUGGGCUCGUAUAAAUCAGAGAACUUUGAUUAUGGAAGAGUUGGCAGCAGUCGGAGAAUCUUUGCGAUCCACGAAAUCUGGACAAAUAAUCUCCAAUAAACUGAACGUGCCGUUAUUUGCCAGGAACAAGAAAGACUGGACGGAGUCUCUGGGAAAAGAAGAGAAAACGAAAGCUCUUUUCGCGGGUAUAAUAGGUGAAUCUGUAAAGAAGAAGAAAUGACGCGUUUCUCAAUGAAAAACGAGUAUAAAUUUCACAUAAUUUGCGUUAAAUAAACGUUGAAUAUAA